AACCAUUGCUAGUGUGUGACUGUGCGUCUGCGCCGAGAGAAGGAGGAGGGUCUUCCACUCAGUCUUUUUAUUUAUUUCUUUGUUAGCAGCGGAAAAUAAUAAGUACAGCGAUAUAUUCUUCCAAAGGACCGCCAAUGUUUCCCUUUCGAACAAGGCAGAACCCUGGACCACACUGCUGAAGGUAUUAAAAAGCCCGAUUUAAGGGGGCGAGGAUGAAGCGGCGCAAUGCGGACUGCAGCAAGCUCCGACGGCCCUUAAAACGGAACCGAAUCACUGAGGGGAUCUACGGCAGUACGUUCCUGUACCUGAAGUUUCUGGUGGUCUGGGCGUUGGUGCUGCUGGCAGACUUUGUUUUGGAGUUUCGCUUCGAGUAUCUCUGGCCCUUCUGGCUCUUCAUACGCAGCGUUUACGACUCCUUUAGAUAUCAGGGCCUGGCCUUCUCAGUGUUCUUUGUAUGUGUGGCGUUCACAUCAGAUAUUAUAUGUCUACUCUUCAUCCCCGUGCAGUGGCUUUUCUUUGCAGCCAGCACAUACGUUUGGGUGCAGUACGUGUGGCACACAGAAAGAGGGGUCUGCCUCCCCACUGUGUCACUAUGGAUACUUUUUGUUUAUAUUGAGGCAGCUAUCAGAUUUAAAGAUUUGAAACACUUCCACGUGGACCUCUGCCGUCCUUUUGCAGCGCACUGUAUUGGAUAUCCUGUGGUGACGCUGGGCUUCGGUUUUAAGAGUUAUGUCAGUUAUAAAAUGCGUCUGCGGAAACAGAAGGAAGUGCAGAAAGAGAACGAGUUCUACAUGCAGCUGUUGCAGCAGGCGCUACCUCCAGAGCAACAGCUCAUACAGAGACAAGAGAGAGAGGCUGAGGAAGCACCAACUAAAGGACUAAACGAUGUAGACUCUACAGCUGUGGCACAGAACGGCUCCGCAUGCGGAAAAAAACCCUCAUCCAACACUUUACCAGAACUGGAAUACAGAGAGAAAGAACGAGGCAAGAACGAGUCAAAAAAACAACACAACAACCACAAUCAGAACCAUCACAGCAGCACCAGCAGCAGCAUCUUACCAUCGGUGGACAGUAAAGCUCAGGAGAUUGAGUACAUGGAGAACCACGUGAACAGUAAGAGACUGAGCAGCUCAGAUCUGCUGGGCAGCACUGAGAACCUGCUGAAGGAUGAACACUCUUCAUCUUCCUCAUCUUCCUCGUCCUCCAAUUCCAACAAAAAUUACAAAAACGCUAGCGGAGGCGGCGGGAGCUCAUCGCCCCGAGGGCACGGAACGGCAAACGGAAGCGUGCCGUCCAACUCCGGGCCCUCGUCGUCCAGUAAGGGGGAUAAGAAACAGAAGUUUGGAGGAGGAAAGAAUUCAGCAUCCAACAGAGACCCUGUGGAGAACUGCAUUCCCAACAAUCAGCUGAGCAAACCUGAGGCGCUUGUCAGGCUUGAGCAGGAUGUUAAGAAGCUGAAAGCAGACCUGCAGGCAAGCAGACAGACCGAACAGGAUCUGCGCAGUCAGCUGGGCUCCCUGGGCAGCUCCGAACGCAGCAUACGAUCUGAGCUCGGACAGCUGCGACAGGAGAACGAGCUGCUUCAGAACAAGCUUCAUAACGCCGUGCAGGCGAAGCAGAAGGAUAAGCAGACGGUGGGGCAGUUAGAAAAGCGCUUGAAGGCCGAACAGGAGGCUCGCGUGGCAGCAGAGAAACUUUUAGCGGAGGAAAAGAAACGCAAGAAACUUGAGGAAGCCACGGCAGCCCGUGCGGUCGCCCUCGCUGCCGCAACCAGAGGUGAAUGCACAGAGUCUCUGAGGAGGAGGAUUUCGGAGCUGGAGACGGAGUGUAAGAAGCUCACGCUGGACAUUAAGGUGAAAGAGGAUCAAAUCAGAGAGCUGGAGCUUAAAGUCCAAGAACUGCAUAAAUAUAAGGAAAAUGAAAAGGAUACAGAGGUUUUGAUGUCGGCACUUUCAGCGAUGCAGGAUAAAACACAGCACCUGGAAAAUAGCCUCAGCGCUGAGACCCGGAUCAAGCUGGACCUGUUCUCUGCACUCGGAGAUGCCAAGAGACAGCUGGAGAUUGCACAAGGUCAGAUCCUACAGAAAGACCAGGAGAUAAAAGAUCUAAAGCAGAAGAUAGCAGAGGUGAUGGCAGUCAUGCCCAGCGUGGUAUAUUCAGCAGACACGGGCAGCAUGACCCCAGUUACGCCCCAUUACUCCUCCAAGUUCAUGGACACCAGUCCAUCAGGACUGGACCCGAACGCAUCCGUUUACCAGCCCCUGAAAAAAUGAAUGCUUGUUUCCCACCACAACAGACCUCCACUCAUUCUUUCAUACACACACACACAAACAGACAGACACACACGCACACAUACACGCACAGUGUUCUCUGGUUGUUUUUUUCCUCCAUAGGCCCAGAUUCAGUUCAUCUUUGGCAUGUCUGUGGCUCAGAUUGUUUUUUUCGUCUUCUAAUACUACAGCUUCUUUCCUGGGCAGAAGGAUGUUGUAUUGUGUGACUGUAUUUGUUGUAGUAAAAAACAAAAGACAAAAAAGAAAAAGGAGGCUUUUAAGGGACAUCACACGUCGAGUAGGAAACUGCUGUUUCUUUUCUCUUGUAAAUGUUUAGAAACCUUACAGAAGUUGGUGAGUAUCUUCCCUCAGUCAAGUUCAGAGAUCACUUCACCUCCAUGUUGGUUUUAUAUUUUUUGCUUUUUUGGAUGGGAGGGGGAGAAGAAAGAUGGACCCUUAGUGUAAGAUCCGUUGUCCCAGGUGCUCUAACCCAUACAAGAGGUCAGCCGAAAGAUAUUUUUACUUAAGAAUGUCACAAUUUAAGAUGCUAAGAAUGUACUAUUUAACUAAUAGAAAAAAAUAAUAAUUGGCAUAAUGCAACGAAAUUGUUUAAUCUGACAAUUCAGUCUUUAAUGAAUGGUGAUGAAUUGGUGUUGGUUUCUGAUCAAGCCAAGCUGUGAUGUAACAAACCACAUGCAAACGACCCCUUACUAGUCAUUUUUUUUUUUUAUCACUAUUGAAAGAUAAUCAGUGCCUUCAUACGGGACCUCAUUGGUGCACCUCAAAGAUCUCUUCCCCUUUGCCAUCAACUAGCCAACCUUUUCACCGAGCAUCGGUUUGACGGCUCUGCUUCUGUUUGAUCCUUUUACAAGCCUUGUGAAUUCGGUCAUUUGUUUACAUUUAUUUAUUUAUCCAGCAUUGCACUAUUGCGUUGUUGACUUCAAGCUCGUAAGGGAAUAUGUUAAGUAUGAAAACGCACGACACUCUCUUCCCCCUUAUUUUCUUAUUGUGUUGGCCAUCUUGCAGUAUCAGAUGUGUAGUCCAGUGCCAAUGUAGUAAGGCUGUAAUUUAGUUGAAUGAGGAAAGUGUUUCAGACCCAUCUGGUUACUGGCUGGUCCAAUGAUCGAAGCUAGAGGAACGUAUUAUUAUUAUUAUUAUUAUUGCUAUAUCGUUUUUGUCUCGUUGGCAGAGGAAUACUCGGUUGUUCCACUUGAUGGCGCCAGUGCAAAAAGUAUUGCCACUUCACACUCUUAACUCAAAAGUGUUUUCAUAGGAAUAUUACGGUCACUGUGGAAAUGAACAGAGAGCUUGAAGUAUUACUGAGCUAAUGUCAAGCAAACCCACUGAUUUGUGUUUAAAGCUAACAAGAUUUCCGAGCUCAACCCAGUUCCUUAUAACGAUCACGGCGCCACAAAUCUUAACCGGUCAGCUUAAGGUUCUGGUCCGGAUGGUUUGGGUGGGGUUAUUGUGUUAGUAUUGAUUUUUGAUGGGCGGGAGGGGGGUUGGGGUAGACAGAGUCAGUCCUAUGUGGUAUUGUAGUUCUCCAAGAUGGUUGUUGUUUUCGGUGUCUGUGUUUUUCAAACUAUGAUGUGAUGGAGGACUUAAAAAGUUUGCGAUGUUCAAGUGGUUUAAAUGAAAGAGGGAAAAAAAGAAAGUUAUUCUGUUUAUUUGCCCACUGUCAUUUCUCUCUUUUCUGUCUGUUUGUCAGCCAGAAUUUUGGCUGCGUUCUCGGUCUCUGUGAGGUUUCAAGUAAUAAAAGUUUUUUUCUGGCA